AUGAGCGACCCCCUGGAUCCAAUGUUGGAUGACAUCUAUCGACUCUCUGCUACCGAACCCAUCUCAUUUGACACGGAGGGAUAUGAAGAAUACAAAAUGCCCCAGCUCGUAUCCGAACUGAAACCCGUGGGAGUCAUCAAUACUAAAGGCAAGCUUAUCGGCGUCCGGUUCCAGAACUUCAUCGGCGAUGAUACUAACGUCGUAGCUCUUUCCAACAUAAUUCCCAAGGCUCCUAUUACUGUUGAUGUCAAUCCCGACAGUGCUCACUAUAUAGCUAUACCUGUUCUCUCUAAGGAUUUCAUGACAAAUCUGACUGCUGGUUACCGCGAGGUUGAGAUGCAACUCCGAACUGUGAGAGAGAAUGAGUAUAUCAAAGACUAUACUCCUCUCAAGCUACGAAAGGGUGGUUUGGAGCGAGACAUUAUCGUCGUGCCUGGAAGCAUGCCCCUGUUUUCGGGGAGAGGAAGAACGAUCUGGUAA